CAUCGGGCGGUGGCGGAGGAGGCAGCUACAUGGCAUACUCUCCCUCACCUUCCGCCCCUCACUCACCCCACAUCUCCGCCCUCCGCUCCGCUUCCGCCGCUCUCCUUGACCAAGACAAAUAUCUGACAGAGUUACUGACAGAGCAUAACAAGCUUAACCCUUUUAUGCCUGUGCUCCCACAUACCUAUCGAUUGUUGAAUCAGGAAAUUUUGCGUGUAACUACACUGUUGGGGAAUGCAUCAGUUUUAAGUCAAAGUGGGCUUGAACAAGCUAGCCCCCUGGCUUCUACAGGAAUAUUUUCAAAUGGAGGCUUGGAUGUGAAUGGAUGGGCAUCACGCUUUCAAUCAGAAGUUUCAGGCUUAAUACAGCCCUCUUCUACUCAGAAUUGGUUGAGUUCUCAAGGUAGCUCUUCUGGUCUCAUUGUUAAGAGAACGAUCAGAGUGGAUAUUCCUGUUGACAAAUAUCCUAAUUACAACUUUGUUGGGCGCCUUCUUGGUCCUAGAGGUCACUCUCUUAAGCGUGUGGAAGCAAAUACAGAGUGUCGUGUUCUGAUAAGAGGGCGUGGCAGCAUCAAGGACCCGGCAAGGGAAGAAAUGAUGAGAGGAAAGCCUGGGUAUGAACACCUCAAUGAGCCUCUCCAUAUCCUGGUUGAGGCAGAAUUACCGGUUGAAAUAGUUGAUGCUCACCUAAUGCAAGCACGGGAGAUACUAGAAGACUUGCUCAGGCCCAUGGAUGAAUCCCAGGAUUUUUAUAAGAAGCAGCAGCUGCGAGAGCUGGCGAUGCUCAAUGGUACACUCCGAGAGGAGGGUUCUCCCAUGUCUGGGUCUGUGUCCCCCUUCCACAACACCAGCCUUGCUAUCAAGAGAGCCAAGACAAGGGGGUAAUACUAAUGGCAUGUGUCUUAGUUUCUGCUAUAAGCAGUGGUUCCCACGGUGCAGGUGUUGCUGUGUCUGCGAAUGCCUCCAACUGCCAUCGGGGCACUGGCACUGCUGUGUGCUAGUUGUAAGGUGUUUUUAUAUGAGAGUGUGUCUAGCUUGUGUUUGGAAGAGGUCAUGUGAUAGUGUCAUGGUAAGGAAUCUGUCCAGAGUGUUGGGGGUUUUGCUUUUUGUUUGCUGGUGUUAAAUCCCAGAAUGUUAGCUUGUAAGCGACAGUUUUGAUAAGAGGAGAUGUGAAGAAGGGUAAGGAUAUUGUUUGUAUUUUGUAUAGAAAAGUUGAGGCAGACAAUUAUUUACCCUACUGUUAUGUCAUUGGUAUUGGAGUUUAUGUAGUUAGAUGAAAUUCUGUAAGUGCUGUUUGUUUUGGUACAAUUUAUCAAUUGUGGUUUAGAAGGAAGUGUUAUAUAUGCAUGCAGUGAGCUAUUCCCUUGCCAAUUUUUCAAAUUC